ACACACACACACACACACACACACACACACACACACACACACACACACACACACACACACACACACACACACACAGCCAAACGCACACACACAACCAAACAGACAUAGAAAGAUAUACUCUCAGUUAUUCACACAACCUUUCUCUGUCUCGCUCCUAUUAAUCUGAUUUGUCGUAACUGACUUAAUGUGGCUAAAACAUUUUGCUCUGCAAGUCUUGCUCACGGCCUCUCCUCAAGGUCCAAUCGAACCUUGAGCCGCCAGCCGCCCCUCCUUCGAAGAGAGGCCUCCACCAUUUUACCUCCACUGUCGUGGCGCUGAUAAGAUCAUUUAUCCAAAGGAGCAACCAUGACGUUGAAUGUCCCUGGGCUAGUAGUCAUGGCUGUGUUUUACCUGCUCAUUUUGGGCACGGGUAUCUGGGCGUCCAUGAGAUCCAAGAAAGAGGAGCGCAAAUGUACAGGCGAUGGCAUGGAGAUCACACUACUGGCUGGACGAAAUAUCAACUUCAUGGUGGGAGUUUUCACACUAACAGCUACCUGGGUUGGCGGUGGUUUCAUCCUGGGCAUUGCAGAGGCUGUGUAUAAUCCUACUCUCGGCCUGGUGUGGGCAUUGAUGCCUGUGCCCUACGUACUGACCUUCUUCUUGGGUGGCUUUUUCUUUGCCAAGCCGAUGAGGGCAAAUAACUACUUGACAAUGAUGGACCCCUUCCAGCUGAAGUAUGGAAACGUUCUCAGCAGCCUGCUUCUCUUCCCUGCCCUGGUUGGAGAUGUGCUGUGGGUUGCACGCACGCUGGUCAGCCUAGGUGGGACAAUGAGUGUGAUUCUGGACCUGUCCUAUGUCUACUCCAUCCUGAUCUCCUCUGUGGUGGCUAUCCUCUACACGCUGCUUGGGGGGCUGUACUCUGUGGCCUACACCGACGUCAUCCAACUCAUCCUCAUCUUUCUCAGCUUGUACAUCUGCGUGCCCUUCAUGCUCACCAACCCCUCGUCCAUGGACAUUUCCGUCACCGCCUACAACGCCACCUUCCAGGCCCCCUGGAUAGGCAAAGUGGAGCCAGAGGAUGCUGGGAAAUGGGUUGAUGACUUUCUAGUGUUGGCGUUGGGUGGUCUGGCUUACCAGGCAUUCUACCAGAGAAUUCUGUCUGCGUCGUCCUACACACAGGCCCAGAUCACCUGCUUCACUUCCUCCUUCUUCUGUCUCCUUCUUGGAGUCCCCUCCGUACUUAUUGGUGCUGUGGCUGCCUCAACAGACUGGAACAUGACCAGCUAUGGCCCCAAAACCCCUUUUGAAAAUGGAGAAGCUGGAGCCAUCUUGCCCAUUGCACUGCAGUACCUCACCCCUACCUACAUUUCCAUCCUUGGUAUUGGAGCUGUGGCUGCAGCAGUCAUGUCUUCCAUGGACUCUGCUCUGCUCUCCUCUGCCUCUCUUUUCUCUUCUAACAUCUACAAGAACAUCAUCAGGAAGCAGGCAUCUGACAGAGAGAUGCAGUGGGUGAUCCGGAUCAGUGUGAUUGUAGUGGGCUUGACUGGCACUGCUCUGACCUUCCUGGACAACAGUGUUCUGGUCUUCUGGAUGGUUGGCGUGGACAUGUCCUACACCAUCAUGUUCCCCCAGAUUGUGUGCGUCCUGUUCUUCAAUCCCUCCAACGGCUACGGCGCCAUGACGGGCUUCAUCUAUGGCAUCAUGCUGCGCUUCAUGAGUGGGGAGCCACUGGUCAGCCUGAAGCCUGUUAUCCACUUCCCUGGCGGUCGCUAUGACGCCAAAGGCAACUUCGUUCAGUAUUUCCCUUACCGCUCCUUCAUCAUGGUCACGUCUGUGCUGACCAUUAUGGGAGUGUCCUACUUCACCUCACUGUUGUUCAGCAAAGGUGUGGUCCCCGAGCGCUUCGACCUCUUCAAGAUCAAGGAGCACGCUAAGGCCCUGGUGAGACCGAAUGAGAAGUGUUACAAGGAGGGAGAAAAAGUCCCAAGCGUGUCGAAACAGCUUCUGGAGACCACCAACUGUUAGAGCAGGAUGGCCGAAAGGUGGCGACGAGAGAAGAAAUCACUGUCCAUCUCGAAUGCUGGACCACUCAUAACACAAAGCAGCAAGCAGAACCAAACAGAAUAAUUGAAUCAAAUGUGAUUCUUUUCUCGUCCCCUCCUUGAUGUAGAGAGGAGAAUAAGAUAAAAUAGUUGGUCACAAUUCUUAUUUUAAGAUGUGGUACAAACUGAGACUUCUGAUCUCCCCAGCUCUGUUUUCAAAACAGACUUGUAAAGCAAGGUUUACUAACUGGUGGGAAGUUGACUACAGAGCCCUUACUGUACCUCUCGGAAUGUGCAAGGAUUUACCGAUGACACUCCUAUCAACAGCACAACUCCUGAAUCUUCAUGCACUUCAGACAGCGAGAAAGCCAGUGAGAUUCAACAUUAAAAUCAGCUUGAGCCUUUACUAAGUAGGCUCUUUUCAGAACUGAUAAACUAAAUUUCAACCUUG